AUGACGUACCGUAGCCAUAUGGUGGGCCCCUCGAGGGCAUUCGAUCACAUCUACGAUCCAUUGUACGUGGCCUCUGACCGGAAGGACGUGUGCCGUGCGAACCAUGCCGCACUGGCCCGGACCGCCCCGAUCGGCAUCUUCCCGGUGUACCAGUCGAUGUUCAGUGAGUUGCCCCGAUUAACGCGCAACCACUACGUCAUGCACCGGAAUCCGUUACCGUACUUCCCGGAGGUACACAUCUCCCCGCUACGGUUGCCUCAUCCGGCGACGGUGGCAGCCGACACCUCCAAGGUACUCGGUUCCGAGCGGCCCAAAUUUUUCUGCCACCCGAACAUGGGCGAAACGGGCUGCAAUGUGCGGUAUGCGGCGGACCAUACCGAGGAGGAGUACUGCGGUUGCGAUGGUUACGAGCCAGAACACGGAGCGGACCAGCGGGGGGCGCCGCGCUUCCGUGAGGUUGCCUCCCAAACCAUGUACCGUGAGUCAUCGGCCCAAACACAACCCUGGAUGCCGACGGCGGUGCUGAAGGAGAGCGUCAUGCCGGCGGCCGAGAUAGUGUACGUGGCCGAGAUGCUGCAGCAUACGCGCUUUCCGGGCGUCAACGAGGUGGAGAUUGUGGAGCGCGCCCGUCGGAAACGGACCUGGGAGUACGCGCUGGGGAGCUGUGAUUCGAUCGACGAAUGGCGCCAGCAAAAGCUGAUGCUGCAGAUCUUCGAGUGGGAAGAGUGGGUCGCCCGGGAACGUCAGAUCGAUCGGUAUCAGAUGCUUCGAUUGCAACUCGUGGUAAAGAUUAUGGAGAAGCGGGAACGCGAUACGCACCAGGCGACCGAGGGUAAGAUGGAGAACACGAAGCGACGCAUCAACAAAGCGCGGAACGAUGCGAUGCACAAACUGGAGGUGACGUUCGAGCGGAAUCUGAGAAAGCUGGAGCGCAAACGGCAAGAGCAGAUUGCACGCUAUGGAUCGAGGGUACGGAGUCAGGGCGAUGUACCGAUGGUGUCGCUGGAAGCGCUAACGGGGGGACGAAAGAAGUACACCAAACAGUCGUACGACUACGAUCCGAAUCUCAUCGAAGUUGGAUUGGCAAAGCUGGAGAAGAAAGCUACGAUCACACACAAGUUUGUUGAUCCGCGCGAUCAGCGACCGGAACUGUGGAAGCCGAAGGAAGUUUGUCGUGAGUUCCAGAAGGGUUUCUGGUCGGAUAACUUCCUCCGGAAGUUGUACGAAUCAUUGAAGCAAUUUCGCAACCGCAAGGACAGCGAGCGUACGGUUCCGCAAUGUCUGAUCGUUGUGUCCUCUCCGACGGAAAGUCUCAUUCCAUCGCCCCUACCGACCACCACACCGGAAAGGGAGAACGAUACGCUGUACCAGCAGGCAAUCUUGCUACAACGGUUGAUCCGUGGACGUGCCACACAAGAGCUGAUCCACCGGGAGUACGCGGCGGAGCACGAUCUGAUGGAGGAUCUCAUUGCUAGCCAUCGGUUACCGGUGGUCGAGGAGUUUUUCCCCCACUCCGAUCUGCUUCACGGUGGGACCGGUGGUACUGGAGUGGCUGGAAGUGUGCGCGAACGUUACCUGCACAUUCUGCGCAACGAGCAGCUGUUGGAUGAGUUCGUCGAGAGCAGUACGCACGCACAGAUGAGCUCGCUGAUGGGGACACUCGAGCGGGAACUAACUCGGCUACAGAACGAACGCAACACCCAAGCAUUCUAUCUGCUCACCGAGCGUGAACGUGGCCGGCGUGAGUCACGCUAUCAGGGUGAGGAAAGGAUGCGAUGGUCUGAUCAGAAGCUUCUUCCGGUCGCUGGAGGCGAUGAGUUGGAUAUCUAUCUUGAGAAUGCGCUGCUCGAGCAGCAACAGCAGGCGGACGAUGUGGAGGAAUGGCGCGAUCGGAUCCACGAGUUGGCUCGUCAGUUUGACGAGGAAGCCGAUCGUCCUCGUACGGAUGCUGGUGAGACGAUGAUGCCAGCCGAGCCUUCGUUGAUGGCGGACCACCCGUCCGGAACUGAAGGAGGGUCAGGUACCAUAACGGGCUCGCUGGCGGAUGAGAUGCUACUACCGGACAUAUUCCGCCGGGCGGCACGAGAAAACAUAAAAUUCAAACAGCGAACUCUGCUGGCCAAUGUUCACGAGCUGCUGUACAACCGGAAGGAUGAGGAGGACGACAGUGGGGGCGAGCAGCAGGAGCAGCGUGGUCCGAAGGUGGAAAUCGUUAGCCCGACAACCGAACCACCGCCACCGGAGGAGCAACGUGUCGUGAACGGAUUGCUGGCCGGUUUGAUCGAUCGUGCCGUGCAGCAGCCGGCCGUUCCCGAGUCGGCCUACUCGGAGAAUGAGGUUGAAGAGCUACCGGAAGACGAGGAGGCAGUGGAAGGAAGUGAUUUCUUCGGGCUCGAUUCGGCAGAGCUGGGCACCGAGGAGGCACUCCAAGAAGAGCCAGCUGGAGAGGGUGAGCAGGAGGAGCAGGAGGAGGAGGAGAUUGGCAGAAUGGCGAGUGAGUUGAUCGACGACAUUCUUAGUUGCGUGCUCGAUGUUUCGGAGUAGUAGAGGCGAGUGGGGAGCUCCGGACGAUGAUGAUAGCCCUACCGAUGCAGCUGAGAGUGGUUGACCCCAGAUGGGGUUAUCAGAAUAGAAAUUCGCGACGCGAUCGAUCCCAGAUUGCACAACGGUUUCAUGAGUCAUCGUAAUCGCAGCCAGCAACGGAUCGCAGCCUUACCACUACAUUAU